AUGCUUCUGCUUCAUCGCAACGCUCAUCUACCAUUCUCACAAGAAUCCCCAAACAACAAAAGUUGCCAUUCUCCUAAAGUUGAAUGUCCGCGUCCUGCUUGCUCUCUCCUCGGUAAGGCCUAUCUCCAGAACACCAUUUCCACUCAGCUGAUCAGGGAUCAAGUCACGAACACCUUCACAUACGACUCGAUGUCGAGUGCGUCGCCGUCAACGGUCAGUCUCGGCAGUGCCCCGCCCUCGAUCAGUCCGUCCGAGACUAACAACCAUGAUGAUCGAACCCCUGCGGUAUCACACAGCAGCCCCGAGUGUACCGAUCUAGUGGAUGCAAGUGUUCUGAAAAGCGACGGUGAUAUAGGUGGAGUACCCGAGGUGGAGAGACACGUCAUUCACUUAUCAAGCAUUGAACACUGCAUGCCUCGAUCUUAUAUUCGCAUCUGUCUGGCGUAUCGGCUCCCAAACAAGGAGAUGCUUCCAUCAGUUGUGUCGAGGCUCAACCACUUCGUCAGAAAGACUGUCGAUGCGAAGCCGUAUCUUAGUGGUUAUGUCGUGUCGACUCAAGAGCCGAGCAAGCAUGUGGGAGGUGUCGAGAUCCAUUUCUCCGACCGCGACUAUGUCGAAUACCCCAAGGUCAACAUACGACAUCUUACCUGCGAUGAAGUUCCGUACAGUUAUGAAGAGCUCAAUGAGAAGGGAUUGCCUCCAAGUCUCAUCAAGCCCGAAUUGGUGUCGGCUCUGGCUGAAUCGGCUGACGAGGAACGAGCACCAGUAUUUCGAGUCCAGGCAAAUGUCGUUGAAGGAGGCCUCAUCGUUUCUCUCUACCUGCACCAUUGCAUCUCGGAUGGCACAGGCGUUGGCUUGCUGAUCUCCGGGAGUGUUCUCAAAGAUCACUCUCGCUUUGAGCGGCAUUUGGACGGCCAAGGGUACCAGACACCUAGUCUGUCCAUGAGAUUGGAUACCUUUGCCCAUCAAAAGAGCGUCGUCCGACAAGAAUUGUCCUACAGUUGCCCCAACCAGAUCAACGACAGGGAGUUGCAAUGCAAGACCUUCAAGCCAGCGUCUGAAGUCAAUGGCUGUGCCAGAAUCCAAGGCCGCGGCUGCGUCAUCUCCAUUCCCCUGGCGGGGUUGGCGAAGUUGAAAGAAGCUCUCGAAGCUCAUGCUGGAGACAGCUUCAUCAGUCAGAAUGAUGCUCUGCAGGCACUCCUCUGGCACAGCAUGACCAGAGCUCGUAUUCCCUCACUGUCAGCGGAUGCGUCGGUCAAGGAAUCAAAGCUCCUAAUGCCAGUCAACAUUCGAAACAAACUCAAGAAGCCCUUGUCCGAAUUUUACUUCGGCGCGGCCAUUGACUUUGCAUCUGCGAAGAUGCCAUUACUCCACCUGGAUUGUAGCAGCGACACUGCGCUUGCAACAUCAGCCCUGGCGAUACGCAGAGCCAUUGCGGCCGUCAAUGAGCCAUACAUCCGACAAGCCAUCGCUUUGGCUCGAUAUGCUGACCCCAACACCGACGUUCGCGAUCUCCAAGCGAGCAACAUGGAUCGGUCCAAGGGAGCUGACAUGUAUGUCACCAGUUGGGAGAAGCUGCCAUGCUAUGAAGCGACUUUUGAAAUGGGACUUGGCCCGCCCGAUUGGGUACGAAAGCCUUGGUCUAGAGACCCAGGGUCUUGUAUCGUACUUCCUCAGGACGAGCGCAAGGACUACCUAGAAGUCGUCAUCCAAAUGACUGAAGAUGAUAUGGCACGACUGCUGGAAGACCAGGAGUUUAUGAAAUAUGUCUCCAGGGUAAUUGAAUGA